AUGAUCUACGAAACAGGAGCCUCUAUCAAUAACGAGACCUCAACUGAGACACAGGCUGGAAGCCACAGCAUCACCGACGCUGACGUGGUUGAGGCGCUACAGAAGGGCAUCCGCGAAGCUACCAGGGAGGAGCUGAUCAAUCACGGAGAGGCGUCGCUGUAUUAUGACUCUUUGACCAUGGCGCCCUUGAACGCAAUGUCCGCUGCUGCUAUUGCUCGUUUCCGUGCAUACAAGCCCCCUCCGUUCCCGCUAUGGGAUCGUCUACCCGUUCGAAGGCGGGCAGCAGUCUUAGUACUACUGUAUGCUGAUCGUCGCGGCGAUUUACGUGUGGUUAUCACCAUGCGCGCUGCAAGUCUGAGGAACUUUUCCGGCCAUGCUGCCUUUCCUGGGGGCAAGGCAGAUGAUCUCGAAGAGACACCAUGUAAGGGUUUGUUCUCAAGCACCGUGGUUUCUUUACUGAUUUUGUUACGAGUCCAAAUCGCCCGCCGAGAAGCUUGGGAGGAGAUUGGGCUUCCCAUGGAUGAUAGCAAACUUCCAAAACCCUUCCGCGUAGAGCAUCUUUGCUAUCUACCCCCUUCCUUAGCUCGGACACACCUCGUCGUGAGACCCUGUGUUGCAUUUCUCCAUGCAGACCAGCGCACAGCAGGAGAACCGGCACCGACUGUUGAGGAAACUAUGAUUCCCAGACUCGAUGCUCGCGAAGUCGCUGCCGUGUUCAGUGCACCCUUUUACAAUUUCCUCCAGGCGCAAGAUCUCCCUCCCGCCCCGGGUGAGACACUGCCUGAAGGACAAUGGUACGAUGGGUUCUGGAAUCACUGGAAAGAUCACCCCUGGCGGGUGCACAACUUUUACGUCCCAGUCAACAACCAAAGCAUCUCGAAGCCGCGGCGGGAUAGCGAGCAAAGCCGUUUGGUUGACAAGCUAGAAAAAGAAGAGGAACCAGAUGGGAGAUUCAAGGUAUGGGGGAUGACAGCACGAAUAUUGGUGGACGCAGCGAGAAUUGCAUAUGCACAGGAGCCUGGAUUUGAGCAUAAUGACAGCUUUGGCGACGAGGAGAUUAUUGCCCAUGCGGAUAGCUUGGGGGAUCUGGGGGAGAAGAUUCCAGAAAAGCGGACUGAACCUGGCGAUGCGUCAAAGAUGUAG